AGAAAUAAAGUAAUGUGAGAAAAAAAAAAAAAGAACAGAAGAAAGAUAGAAAGAGAAGAGAGGAAGAAAGAUAAAAAGAAAGAAAGGAGAGAAAGUAAGAAAGAAAAGAAAAGAAAAGAAAGUGAACAGAGACGCAAUGAGGAAGAAAUAUGGAUAAAUAGAAUAAGAAAGAAAGAGAGAAAGAAAAAGAAAGACAGAAAAGAAGAGUAAAGACAAAGACAAAACACACACACACACACACACACACAUGUCCACCACACACAAUUAUUUGAUGAAGGAAAGAAGGAAAGAUGGCAAGAGAAGGAAAGAAGAGGAAGAGGAGGAGGAAGAGGAAGAGGAAGGAGGGGAAUUGAGUCCUCUUAUUCCAGGCCCAGGGGAGGAGAAGAAGCCAAGAGUCGGUCGCCUUGACUGGUGUCACUGUAGAAAUUGUACACGUAUGUCCACUGAGGAGGAGUCCCUAUGUUGCCACGAAGAUGAGGAGGCGUGGGGGCGGAUCCUGGAGGGCGUGGCAGGGGAGGAGAGACGCCCUUUGAACUGCAUAGUGGAGCAUCCUUUCUUCACCUCGGUCUGUCUCAAUCCUUACGCCCUCAGAGCUUUGCAUAACAGAGACUCAAGAUUGUUUGAUGACGAUGAGGAGGCGCCCACGCACGAGAAGUACCGUCUGACAUCCUUCCGUGCCUUCGUCGAGUUUUUCCACGGAGUCCUUGAGGAGGAUGUGAUGGGACCCAUGCCCUCCUGCGUCGCCGCCUCAAUACGGGGUCUCUUCCCUCCACACGCCUUCCUCCUACGCGUCCCUGGCUACUGUGACCUUUGACCUGACCCCGGGAAGCCUCUCUAAAGGUUUUAAAACAAAGAAGGAAAUGAGAAAAUGAAAAAAUGAAGGAAGGAAGAGAGAAGGAAAGGAGGAAAGAAGGAAAGGAGGAAAAGAAGAAGGAAGAAAGAGAAGGAAGAGGAAAAUAAGUGCCUUCCAGCAUCCAACAAUGAGAGGAAGAAGGAAAACUUGAUAAUAACUAGAUAAACAGGAAGAAAGGAGGGAGAAUGAAGAAAGGAGAAAGAUAGAGAUGAACAGAAGGAACAAGAAAAGAGAGAUAGCAAUGAUGUGAAGAGAUAAUGUAAUAAAGAU